CACCUAUCAGUACCAAACGGGAUGAACUCGAAACAGCAUCACGCUGCGGUCGGUCGCUCCUGCUGCUGAUUGAUGAGUAAUCCCGCGAAGACGUCGAAUAAAUCAGUCCAAAGCGCGUACGCCGGACGACCGGCGUCGUCAUCGUUUCGACUACGUUAUAAAACGUUCAUUUCGCCUAAGUCGUUCGGUCAGUUUAAGCGUGCAAUUUGCCAGUGCAGGACGCCUUGCUUGAAGUUGUGUACGCGCGAAUAUUAAUAUUCAAAAAAUCUCAAACGCUCAACCGGUCGGUGCGGCACUUAAGUGAUCGUUAAGGUUCAGUUCAGUUGUUGUUAGCGAAUAUGGAAGGUGGAUUAUCCCCGUGGAUGAUGUCGCCCCAGGGUGCAAACAUGUAUGACAAUAUGGAGGAUGUGCCAUUAGGGAUCACUGGAGUAGAUCCUUGCCUGGACAAGAACGGAGAGAAUCACAGGACGAGUAGGUUCGAGAUGAUGAACCGCCACAAAAUGAAUACAGGGAAUCCUGUGCUGGUGGUGAGGAGAGGUCAACCCUUCCACUUGAAGGUUUACUGCGACAGACCAUACGAUGAAGAAAAGGACGUGAUUUCGUUUAUGUUAUCAGUGCAUCCGAUGGAUGGAGAAAGGGUUAGCCAUGGUCACGGAACGGUGGUACAUUUGCCACUGCAGAAGGCAGAUGACGAUGCGGAUGAAGAUGAAUCGGAUUGGAGAGCCGUGUUGGAGACGCAGGAGGAUGAAGUACUCACGAUAAGUAUUAGACCUUCGGCUAGGGCUUCGGUUUCCAAGUGGAACUUGGCCAUUGAUACCAAGCAGGUUGGGUUCGAUCAGGUGAUCAACGCGAACGUUUCAGUGGAUUUUUACCUACUGUUCAAUCCAUGGUGUGAAAAUGACUACGUAUAUCUGGAAGAUGAGAAACUACGCGAGGAAUAUGUGCUCAGCGAUACGACAAUGAUUUGGCGAGGUUGCAAUCGGAGUUUCCAUCCAACGGUUUGGAAGCUGGGACAGUUCGAAAGGGAUAUCCUGGAGUGCAGUUUCGUUUUGUUGUCCACGGUUGGGCGAGUGAGUGCUACAUACCGUGGGAACCCAGUUCGAGUGGCACGAGCGCUGUCUGCAACUGUUAACAGCAAUGAUGACAAUGGCGCACUGAUGGGAAGAUGGGGCAACGAGUUCCCAGAUGGCACACCCCCGACAAAGUGGAUUGGCUCGGUAGAAAUUCUACAGCAGUAUUACGCAUCGGGAACGUCCGUGCGGUAUGGACAGUGCUGGGUAUUCUCCGGAGUGUUGGCUACAAUCUCACGUGCCCUAGGAAUUCCUUGCCGAGUAGUGUCCAAUUUUAAUUCAGCACACGACUCAGAAGCAUCGCUAACUAUUGAUUAUUACAUCGGCGAGAACAACAAUCAUCUGGAUGAGUUCAGUUCAGAUUCUACAUGGAACUUCCACGUGUGGAACGAAAUGUGGAUGCAAAGGCCUGAUUUAGGGGAGAAGUCCGGUGAGCAGUACGAUGGAUGGCAAGUGGUUGAUGCAACGCCACAGGAGCUGUCUGAUGGAAUGUACAAGCUUGGACCGGCACCGGUGAAGGCAGUUAAAUGCGGUGAAAUCAACGUAAAUUACGAUUGUGAUUUUGUGUUCGCGGAAGUCAACGCCGAUGAGAUCUAUUGGAGGUACACAGGACCCGGUCAGCCAUUGAAGCUUGUGAAGAAGGAUCCUACCAAAAUUGGACAGUUUAUUAGUACCAAAGCGGUUGGAUCAUGGGACCGUGAAGAUAUCACCGAAUCGUACAAAUAUGAAGAGAAGUCCUGCGAUGAAAGGAUCACAAUGAUGAAGGCGUUGAAACAAGCUAGCAGUUCUUUUGCGAGGAUUUAUACAAAUGAAGAGUUUCAUGACAUUGACUUCGAUGUGGAAAUUCGGAAUGAUGUGAAAAUUGGAGAAUCAUUCACGAUUAUUUUGAACCUCAAGAAUAAUUCUGACGAUACACCUUACUCAAUUGAGGGAAUGGUUCACGUUGACACCGUUCUUUAUACUGGAAAGUUGAGGACACCCUUGAAAGCCAUUCCAUUCGAGGAAGAAGUUCAACCAAACUCAACCGCUUCCGUAGAGUUGCACGUAGAAUUUGAAGAAUACUACAGUAAUGUUUUGGAUCAGAACUACUUUAAGAUCAUAUGCUCAGCCAGUGUCCUAGGUACCAACUACGAAUAUUUCGCUGAAGAAGAUUAUCGCGUUCGUAAGCCCGAUAUUAAGAUCAAUUUAGAUAACGAACCCAGUAUUGGAUUACCGCUCUACAUUACGGCAACCCUCCAAAACCCAAUGCCCAUUCCACUGACCAAUGGCGUGUUCAGAUUCGAAUGCUCUGGUGUAUGGCAGCCUGUUGAAAUUCCCUGCGAUUACAUUGAGGCCGGCGAUACGGCAUAUAUUAAAUUUCGCAUGACACCUCAACUAACAGGCAGUGCGCAGAUUGCCGCGAAAUUCAACGCCCUUGAGCUAAACGAUGUGGAUGGCUUCGCUUCUUUCGAAGUAACCGAGGACACUUCAGAACUCAACGCAGGACGCUCGCUCAAAAGCAGUCUCGUUUUUGCAUGAUAACAUUAUUUUUCCUCCAUUUUACCUUCUAUUGUAGUGCUUGGUAUUCCCCCUGAAGCAUGUAGCUGAAUAAAAAAGUGACAUCAUCACUCGUUUAUUUUCA